GCUAAACAUGUGAAGAGAAAGACCGACGAGAAGAAAACAAACACUCCCCUUCAACUGUUCUUCGCCAGGUGUUCUUUGGCCGCCCUGGCUUACGUUUUGCCGGUGGUGUCCAUCUUAACGCUGCCUUUGGUAUCCUCUCGUUGUCCGGUUUUCGAAAAUAGCUAGCUAGGCUAUAGACUAUAUAGUAUAUACCGCAUGUUAUUUUUGUACAACAACAACUUCAGCUGUCGAACGUUAUAAGGUACAAAUUCAACAAGUACAACAUUAGCACGGACGUAUAGCCAAGUUGUGGUUAAGAAGGUGGAUUUUUGUUCCUUAUAUUUACCAGAAACGAAGUGAUCCGAACACACGACCCGGGACUUUGGGGGACUCCAGUGAGAACCGUCCUAGUUUUCCCAGUGUAAAGCUGCGAGCCAUUUGUCUCGUCUCUGUGGGCUUUUAUCACACUUUGGCAGAACAAAAUACAACCUUUGUUUUCCCUGUUUCCCGUUGUGGUUAGCACAACCAAAAACAACACAGUUUUUUGGCAUUUUGGAGGCAGAAUGACGGGUUUAACUAGCGUAGGUCGACAUGUUAAAGAGUAAUGGCAACGGUUUGUUUUCAACGCCAGUCUGGUUGCUAUGGAUCGAAGAACGCGUAUGUAGCUCAGUUGCCCGGAUGUCGGCCCUCACCCAUAAGACAAUUAAGUACAAGACUACUACAUUGUAGCAGUAAAAGUAACGUCCUGUCACCGUGUACUGCAAAGUUGACUUAAUUACGACAAGUGUGUAGAAGCAUACCACAGAUAGCCGCCAUUACGUUUUGCAGCGCCGACGUCAUAAGUGCCCGGAUGUUCCCUUCAUGUCACUUGCCCAAACGGCCCCGGAAGACCCGAUCGGUCCACGCAUGCGCAAAGCGUAGGUCACUCCCCGUCCUCGCAAUAUAAUACGACGGAGAUUUUUGGAAGUUUUAUUAAUGUUUUUUUUUACAAAACAAAGCGCUUGCAUACUAUUAAAAGAGGAUAAAAAAAUGAAAAAGGAGUACAUUUAAAAACCAUCGUCACAACGUCAACCACUUUCACUCUUCUGUCAUUGCAAUGAAUGACGCACGGGGGCGCUACUGACUCCCCUGUGGAUUUUUUUUUGAAAACGACUGACUUAAAGGCCUACUGAAAUGAUUUUUUAAAAUUUAAACGGGAAUAGCAGAUCCAUUCUAUGUGUCAUACUUGAUCAUUUCGCGAUAUUGCCAUAUUUUUGCUGAAAGGAUUUAGUAGAGAAAAUCGACGAUAAAGUUCGCAACUUUUGCUCGCUGAUAAAAAAAGCCUUGCCUGUACCGGAAGUAGCGUGACGUCACAGGAGCUAGUAUUCCUCACAAUUCCCCAUUGUUUACAAUGGAGCGAGAGAGAUUCGGACCGAGAAAGUGACGAUUACCCCAUUAAUUUGAGCGAGGAUGAAAGAUUUGUAGAUGAGGAACGUUACAGUGAAGGACUUGAGAGGCAGUGAUGGAUGUAUCUUUUUUCGCUCUGACCGUAACUUAGGUACAAGCUGGCUCAUUGGAUUCCACACUCUCCUUUUUCUAUUGUAGAUCACAGAUUUGUAUUUUAAACCACCUCGGAUACUAUAUCCUCUUGAAAAUGAGAGUCGAGCACGCGAAAUGGACAUUUAAAGUGACUUUUAUCUCCAAGACAAUACAUCGGUGACACACUUAGCUACUGAGCUAACGUGCUAGCAUCGUUCUCAAAUGAAGAUAGAAACAAAAUAAAUAAACCCCUGACUGGAAGGAUAGACAGAAGAGCAAAAAUACUAUUAAACCAUGUACAUGUAACUACACGGUUAAAAAUUCUCAGCCUGGUAAGGCUUAACUAUGCUGUUGCUAACGACGCUAAGGCUAAUUUAGCAACUUAGCAACCGGAACUCACAGAACUAUGUACUCUCUCCUUUUUCUAUUGUGUAUCACGGAUUUGUAUUUUAAACCACCUCGGAUACUAUAUCCUCUUGAAAAUGAGAGUCGAGCACGCAAAAUGGACAUUUAAAGUGACUUUUAUCUCCAAGACAAUACAUCGGUGACACACUUAGCUACUGAGCUAACAUGCUAGCAUCGUUCUCAAAUGAAGAUAGAAACAAAAUAAAUAAACCCCUGACUGGAAGGAUAGACAGAAGAGCAAUAAUACUAUUAAACCAUGUACAUGUAACUACACGGUUAAAAAUUCUCAGCCUGGUAAGGCUUAACAAUGUUGUUGCUAACGACGCUAAGGCUAAUUUAGCAACUUAGCAGCCGGACCUCACAGAACUAUGAUAAAACAUUAGCGCUCCACCUACGCCAGCCAGCCCUCAUCUUCCCAUCAACAGCUGUGCUCACCUGCGUUCCAGCGAUCAACGGCGCGACGAAGGACUUCAUCCGUGGGUUUGGCGGCAAGCAUCAGCUAGGCGUCUUCUAUCAGGAUGGAGAACUACAGCAAAGCUCAUAGCGUGGAACAGCCGUCUGUGUGUCCGUUCAAGCUCGCCGCAGACACGCCGGAGGUCUGCGUCAAAGACGGCAGCAAGAUCCGCAACCUGCUGCGCUUCGCCCUCAGCCGCAUCGGGGCCAAGCCUAGGGCGGCAGAGGCUCAGGAGGAAGCCGCCCACCAGGGUCCGCCCCUUUGCCGCCAGCUGGUGUUGACGGCGAGCGGAAAGGCCGUGUCCAAAGCCAUCACGUGCGCCGAGCUGCUGAAGCGGCGCAUGAAGGGCAUGCAUCAGAUGACCGAGCUCGCCAACAGCACCGUGACGGACGUGUGGGAGCCGCUGGAGCCCGCCGCCGGCCUGGACAGUCUCACCGUCAGCAGGAAGCUGCCCGCAAUCUGGAUCCUCCUCUCGAAGGACCCUCUGGACCGGCAGCGGCCCGGGUACCAGGCACCGGGCCGCUUUGACGGCCUGUGGGGGCACGCCGCCGCCGCCAGGGAGGAGGGGGGACUGCGGGGGGCUCACAAAAGGAAGAGAGGAGGCGGGGGCGGCAGCAGGGGGAGGGGACGUUCUAGAGACCUCCAAGCGGGCAGCUGAUCCUGAUACCUGAUUGGACGUCACUUCCUGUUUCAUGUGA